GCUCGCCUACUCCAAAUCCCCUUCCCCACGCUCCGCCACCACGCGCGGUCUCCGGCCACCGUGCUGCGCGCAGGACGGGGUCCGGGCCUGAGCCCCAGCUGUGCUGCCAUGGACGAGGAAGCGAAGGCCGGUCCGAAAUCCGACGCGAACGCCAACGCUGCCGACGCGGUCGAGGCGGCGGCGGCCGCUCCGCUGCCGCCCUCGAGCUCGGAGGCGGCGGAGAGGGAGGCGAAGGCGGAGGAGGAAGGGGAGCUGGUGGAGCGGUUGGUCGAGCUGGUGGGCGAGAUCGCGGCCAUCUCGGACUUCAGGAACUCGUACAGGCGGCAGUUCUGCAACCUGUCGCGGCGGAUCCGGCUGCUCGUGCCCAUGCUGGAGGAGGCCAAGGAGGCGCCCACGCCGCUGCCCGCGGCGUCGGAGGCCGCGCUCCGCCGUCUCAGGGACGCUCUCCAUGGCGCCGGCGAGCUGCUCCGGCUCGGCAGCAGCGGCAGCAAGAUCUUCCUGGUUCUCGAGACAGAGAAAAUAAUGAAGAGUUUCCAGGACAUUACAGCAAGACUUGAACAAUCCUUAGCUGGUAUCUCGUUUGAUGAGCUAAACAUAUCAGAUGAAGUAAGAGAGCAGGUUGAAUUGGUGCAUGCUCAGUUCAAAAGAGCAAAGGAACGAUCGGAUUCAUCUGAUGAUGAUCUAUUCAAUGAUCUGAUGUCUGUCUAUAACUCGAGCAGCAGUGCUAAUGUUGACCCUGAUAUUCUUCGAAGGUUAUCUGAGAAAUUGCAGCUUGUUACAAUACAUGACCUCAACCAAGAAUCUCUUACCUUGCAUGAGAUGGCUAGUGGUGGUGAUCCUGGUGCAAUUGUUGAAAAGAUGUCGAUGCUCCUGAAGAGGAUCAAGGAUUUUGUGCAGACUCAAGACCCUGAAAUGGGUGCUCAAGCAAGUGCAACAGACAUUUCCCCAAAUGACAAUUCAACAUGUCCUAUUAUUCCUGAUGAUUUCCGUUGCCCAAUAUCACUGGAUUUAAUGAAAGACCCAGUUAUUGUCGCCACUGGGCAGACUUAUGAGCGAGGGUGCAUAGAGAGGUGGCUGGAGGCUGGCCAUGACACCUGUCCGAAGACACAGCAGAAGCUUCCGAAUAAAUCCCUGACUCCAAAUUAUGUCCUACGCAGCCUUAUAACUCAAUGGUGCGAGGCGAAUGGUAUAGAGCCUCCAAAGCGCUCAGCUCAACUUAGUAAUGCACCAGUGUCAUGUACUGCUGCGGAGCAUAACAAUGUUGUCGAGCUUCUUCAGAAACUCUCAUCCCAAAACCUUGAAGAUCAACGUGGUGCUGCUGGUAUGCUUCGUCAGCUUGCCAAGCGUAGUGCUGAGAAUCGUGCUUGCAUUGGAGAUGCUGGUGCUAUUCCUAUUCUUGUUAGCCUGCUAUCAACCACUGAUGUUAGCACCCAGGAACAUGUCGUUACCGCUCUCUUGAAUCUAUCCAUCUAUGAAGAGAACAAGGCCAGAAUAAUCACAUCUGGAGCUGUUCCUGGAAUUGUGCAUGUAUUGAAGAGGGGCAGCAUGGAGGCUCGGGAAAAUUCAGCUGCCACACUGUUCAGCCUCUCAAUUGUUGAUGAGAACAAGGUGACUAUUGGGGCUUCUGGGGCAAUUCCUGCGCUGGUACAGCUAUUGAGUAAUGGAAGUCAACGGGGUAAAAAGGAUGCAGCAACAGCACUAUUUAACCUGUGCAUUUAUCAGGGCAACAAGGGCAAGGCUGUUAGAGCUGGAUUGGUUCCUAUACUACUAGAACUACUAACAGAGACUGAAAGUGGUAUGGUAGAUGAGGCCCUUGCGAUAUUAGCAAUCCUAUCUGGCCAUCCAGAGGGCAAAGCAGCUAUCGGUGCUGCAUCUGCAAUACCUGUUCUUGUUGGAGUUAUCAGAAAUGGAUCUGCUAGGAGCAAAGAAAAUGCAGCUGCCGUAAUGGUGCAUCUCUGCAAUGGCGAACAGCAGCAACAGCAUCUUGCUGAAGCGCAGGAGCAGGGUAUCGUGUCUUUGCUGGAGGAGCUAGCAGAAAGUGGCACAGACAGAGGAAAGAGGAAGGCAAUCCAGCUGCUUGAACGAAUGAAUCGGUUCCUAAAGCAGCAGAGUCAAGCCCAAGCCCAGGCAGAGGCCAUGGCGCAGGCACAGGCUCAGGCCCUUGUUCAAGCUCAAGGGCAGGCAGAUAUGCGAUCACUGCUUCCCACGUCAUCACAUAUUCCUGAUUGAUGAGGUGACUGAUCAGCAACACCUUUUCUGAUAGUUAGUGGCUUGUUUUUUGGCCAGAGCUGGCAGGUGGAAGAUCGCCUGCAAUUGCUAUUGUGGAUAUUUGUGGUUUCUGCUGCGCACUGCAAACUAGGAGGUCUGGGCAGCGUGAUUUAGGGCCACUGGCAUGCUGACGAGUGAGUUUUGAAGCAGCUGUUAACCUGCGUGCGUUGUCCCUACAGUGUACCGGUGAUUGAAUGUGGUAUCCUCGAGUUUUAGGGAGGUGUCGUUGUACUUGUGCCCGGUGCCCAGUACAGAACUAAUCACUGGCGUCCUAGGUUGUUUACAUGCCUGACAAAGAGCGGCAGUAAAGCUUUAGUUCAAGUGUUUGUUCAUCCCAAACUCAUGUUCUGUCUUGAAUUCUUGAUACCGUGGAGCAUCCAGACAUCUUGCCUUAGUGGAAUGAUCUUGGAUUUGUACUUUAUAGCACAGCUGGUCAGGUGUAACUUCUGUCCAGUUGCAUGUUCCUUUUAUCCCAUCACUGCUGAACUGCCAUAGUCCAUAGCUCCAUGUGUGCACGGAACUGAGGAAGAAUCGGCAUGUUGGGAUCAUGAGCAUUUGUGCCCUGUUAUUCUUGCUUCCUCA